AUGAUUGUUCAUAAGGAGCGAUUGGUCGCUAACUACCAUAGGAGCGAAUAUCUGGAAGCCUGGGUGCCCUUGAAAGAAAAUGCAAACAGCGAAGAAACAACUUGUGGUUCACACAGCUGUACAAAAUAUGGAGACCCCAAGAGAGUAUCGGAGACUCUGACGCGUCAAAAAAAUUUGCGUGCUGGCAGAGGGUCGCGAAAUACUACGAUGGCUUUGCUUAUGGCUCGAGAGAGAAAAGAAAGCGGUCUGACAGAUGGCUCUAUGAUAAAAGUGUUUCCAGAUAUCGAUAAAUUUUACUUUUUAGUAUAA